CGGAUGAGGAUAGACGAUCAUUGCUAAAUCCAACAGUUGACUUCGUUGGUGGCAUUGCUGGAGAUACUUGUUCUGAGAAGAGGACUCUAAACUAAAACAGCUCUUCUAGGUUGUGCUCGUCAUCAUGGCGACCUUACUAUUCCGACCUUCCAUGAUUUUUUUAGCAGCUUCUAGGAUAAGCUUUCAAUGCAUUAAGUCCAGCAGUUGCAUUUCCAGGCAUGGCACACACACAACACGACUUCAGGCUCCGUCUCGAUCUGUCAGAACCGUGCCGAGGAGAAGCACUGGCGCGCGUGCGUCUUUUUGCGACGGAAGCGACAAAGUGGUAGCAAGAGAGGGAGACAUGGUGAAUGUGAAGUUCGUAUGCAAGACCCUGGAUGGUGAGGUGCUUCAUGCGUCUGGCGAUGAUGAGGUGUUGACAUUUGAAGUUGGUGCUGGAAACUUUGUUGGAAAUCCUCUUUUCAAGGGUUUUGAUGAGGCGGUGAAGGGUCUGACAGUUGGCCAAAGCCGCACAAUACAGUCAGCACCGAUGGCAAAGACGGAUGACAUGAUCUUCCGAGUGCCCAAGGACCAUGAGGAGAUCCAGAGACUCACUCAAGAGCAGGGAGGGGAGCUCAAACCGGGAGCUGUUGUUGUGCUGGCCAAUGGCGGACCGGCCGAGAUUCUAGAGGCUGGUGACGAUUAUGUUGUGAUUGAUGCAAACCCUCCUCUGGCCGAGCAAACAAUCGAAUUUGAAGUGGAGCUUGUCUCCAUUGGGGAUUCGCAGUGAGCACAGCAUGGCCGAUGCAGUGCUAUACCUAGAUACCUUGUAGGAAGUGCAGGGCGCCUGUACUAUCCUCCAUCUUGCUGAGGCAGUUACACCUACCUACCAUUCCAAGAAGUUUCAUGAUAAAUGCAUGGGACCGAGUAAUAUUUUGAAGGGUGCAUUCAUCCAUCAGCAUGGACACAGGUCUGUUGGCAAUCCUCUUUCCCGUUUCUUCUGGCAUUUAGAUUGUUUCCCUGUAUAAAAGUCAGGACUAGCUCUAGCACCUUCUUGAACUGCAAUAUUAGUACCGGUAUUGUGAAAGCUUGCUUAGGUCCUCUUGUAAAGGCAGCGUGCUUCAUUUCUUCUGGGGCAGCGUGUUAAAAUUAUAUAUUGUGUUAU